AUGGUUAUCACUGACAGAGCCGGCACAUUGCUGGGGCCAUUGACCACAACGUGGUCCAUGCCCAGUAGCUGCAGUGUCCAUGUCGUCCCCUGCGCAACUUGUGAUGGUGGUUUCAGUGGUCAGCGAUGCGUGGUAGAAGAAGAGGACAAGGAAAGCACAGGGGCUCCAUCUGACUAUACCGGUUGCUGGCCUCCUGCACUAACAGAAGCCGGGACACCGGGGUCCCCCUUCAUGGGAUGGGGCUUUUACUCCCCUGGCCUUGCGUGUCCGACGGGCUACACGGCGGCCUGUACUGCGGAAUAUGGGAAGCGGCCGGGUUGGGAAUUGGAGUUCACUCUGAUCCCAGGCGAGACAGCAGUUGGAUGCUGCCCCGAGGGCUUCAAGUGCACAAAUUUCAAUGGCCAGACAUGCAUCGCCGUGGACACCAAACUCACCGUCUCCACCGCCCUGUGUUCCGGGAGAGAGUUGGUCAACUUCGGCCAGGUCACCUACCCGGUGUUUAUCGACAUCACAACAACCAUAACAGAAGCAACGUCGACUGGUGGGCGAGGCACUCUAGCAGUACCAACCUCACAGGAGGUGACUCUGUUGGCACCCAUGUUUCAGCUCAACUACCAGGCAUCGGACGUUGCAAAAACGACAGCGCCUCCCACGGCACAAGCCUCGCCUUCAAGUUCGGAAAGCUCACAUUCACCGCCGAUAUCCUCGAACCCGGUCGGCUCAGACCCCACCUCCGGCAAUCCCGUGCCUGCAGGGGAGCAAGGCGGGCUUUCGACGGGGGCAGUCGUUGGGAUCGGCGUCGGUGCGGCGCUGGGGGGCAUCUUGCUAGGCGUAUUGGCGAUUUUGUUUUUUCUCAGGAAGAAGACGGGGGCGGCAGAGUUUCCAGAAAGCCAACCAGCCGAACAGCCGCAGUAUGACUACAAGUACGCAACCGAGAUGCCCGGCUGGCACCAACCCAACGCAACCGAGCUCUGGAGUCAGCCGGCUGAGUUGUCAUCGGGAAGUGACCGUUGGAGUCACAACCACCAUCCACACCCUACGUAA